CGUGUUCAGAUCACGGAACUGAUCUCGAACGAGCAACCAGCUGAAUUCUCACGCUUUCUGUCUCUACCAUGCAACCGUUCUCGACCGGCAGCACAAUGGCGACCGAAACACCGACCAGCCUUCCGCCAGAGAGGGUUACCUCGCCGGCACCCUGCAAGAACUUGACCUUCUCUAUCGCGAAGAUCAUGGAACCGGACAAACGUCUCACCGAGCAGAGCAGUAAUCAGCAAACGACACCGCCGCAACCUCCGCCGCCUAGCAUCCCUUCGUUAACUUACUCCGCUCACCUGGAAUCGGCCUUCAAGAAGUACGUGCCAACGCUGAGGCAUCAGAAUCUCCUGCAACCCUAUUCUCUUCUCUACUAUCAUCCGAACUCGUUGCUGAACGCCUUCCCAGCGCCGCCACCCACCACGCCGACCGUUCCGCAGAACUCGCCGAUGCCCAACACCAUCCACAAAGCGUUCUCGAAGAUGAGCCUGGCCGCCAUCACGGCCGAGAGCCAGCGCGAGAAGAAGAGCCCCGGUCCGCGGAACAACGAGCUCAGCAGCACCACGAACAAACAGAAAACCUUCACCUGCUCCGUAUGCGGGAAGGUGUUCAACGCCCACUAUAACCUGACCAGACACAUGCCCGUUCACACAGGCGCGCGGCCGUUCGUCUGCAAGAUCUGCGGCAAGGGCUUCCGCCAGGCCAGCACCCUGUGCAGGCACAAGAUCAUCCACACGGCGGAGAAGCCGCACAAGUGUCCGACCUGUCACAAAGCUUUCAACCGUAGCUCGACCCUGAACACGCACCGACGCAUCCACGAUAACUACAAGCCGUUCGUCUGCGAGCACUGCGGCAAGGGGUUCCAUCAGAAGGGGAACUACAAGAAUCACAAGCUGACGCACAGCGGCGAAAAGGCGCACAAGUGCAACAUCUGCAACAAGGCGUUUCAUCAGAUCUACAAUCUCACCUUCCACAUGCACACCCACAACGACAAGAAACCGUUCUCCUGCAAGAUCUGCGGCAAAGGGUUCUGUAGGAACUUUGACCUGAAGAAACACAUGAGGAAGCUGCACGACACCGGCUCACCUAUACUAAACGGCCUAGGUACUUCAUCGCAGAGUCACAACCAACAGUCCGGCUACGCGUCCGUUCACCAUGGACCGGGCGGCCAUUCGUUCAGCCCGUUCCUGAUCCCGCCGCCCGGUACCACGAGUUACCUCACCAAGAUGUUGUGA